GCCGCGGCGUCCCCGGGCCGGCGGUCGGAGCGGGCAGCGGGCGCCUGAGUCAUGGACUUCCCUUGGCCCCUCCUCUGCCGCCGCCCCUCCCUCGCCCGGCCCGCCCGCCGGGGCUAAGGCGGGCGCGGCGCUCGGGCGCCCAGGGGGUGGGGCUGCCGGGCAUGGCUGCGCCCCCGUCGGCUCCACUGCCGUGCUCGCCUUUUUACCUGCGGGGGCAGGAGCCGAGCCCGAGCUGCCCAUGGGGCAUGGAGGAGGAGGCGGCGGUCGGCGCGGGCUGCGCGGAGCUUCUGGGCCCCCAGCGGGCCGCCUCCGUCCCGUGUUUUGGCAUCUCGGUGGACCAGGACCACAUCCUGCCCGGCGCCCUGCGCCUCAUCCAGGAGCUACGACCACAUUGGAAGCCCGAACAAGUUCGUACCAAGCGCUUCACUGAUGGCAUCACCAACAAGCUAGUGGCCUGCUACGUGGAGGAAGACAUGCGGGACUGUGUGUUGGUCCGGGUGUAUGGGGAGCGCACGGAGCUGCUGGUGGACCGGGAGAAUGAGGUCAGGAACUUCCAGCUGCUGCGGGCCCAUGGCUGUGCCCCCAAGCUCUACUGCACCUUCCAGAACGGGCUGUGCUAUGAGUACAUGCAAGGUGUGGCCCUGGGGCCUGAGCACAUCCGGGAGCCCCGGCUGUUCAGGUUAAUUGCUUUAGAGAUGGCAAAGAUUCACAUGAUCCACGCCAACGGCAGCCUGCCCAAGCCCACCCUCUGGCACAAGAUGCAUCAUUAUUUCACACUCGUGAAGAAUGAGAUCAACCCGAGCCUCUCUGCAGAUGUCCCUAAGGUGGAGGUGCUGGAGUGGGAGCUGGCCUGGCUGAAGGAGCACCUGUGCCAGCUGGAUUCCCCGGUGGUGUUCUGUCACAACGACCUGCUCUGCAAGAACAUCAUCUAUGACAGAGCCAAAGGUCACGUGCGGUUCAUCGACUAUGAGUAUGCCGGCUACAACUACCAGGCUUUCGACAUUGGCAACCAUUUCAAUGAGUUUGCAGGUGUGAAUGAGGUGGAUUACUGCCGGUACCCAGCCCGGGAGACCCAGCUGCAGUGGCUGCGCUACUACCUGCAGGCACAGAAGGGCUCGGCCGUGACCCCCAGGGAGGUGGAGAAGCUGUACGUGCAAGUCAACAAGUUUGCGCUGGCAUCUCACUUCUUCUGGGCUCUCUGGGCUCUCAUCCAGAACCAGUACUCCACCAUCGACUUUGACUUCCUCAGGUACGCAGUGAUCCGAUUCAACCAGUACUUCAAGGUGAAGCCUCAAGUGUUGGCCUUGGAGAUGCCAAAGUGACCGCCUCUUGCCCUGCCCGGCCUGCCUGGCCACACUCACCCAGCAGAACCGGGCCCUGGGCCCCUCACCCUUGGACAAGGUCGGAGUGUGGGGCACAGUGGGUGUCUGGGGAGAAGGCUGGGCUCCCCGCCAACAGCCCCUAGGGGAUGCCUCAGAAGACCUCAUUCUCCUGUUAGGAGGGACUGGAAGGACCCAGCUCUGGGAGUCCCCGUCUCCUCACCAGGCCUAGGAGGAAGUGCCUGCAGCCGGCCAGAGCCAGGCCCAAUCCACUCCCCAUCCCAGCCCUUGCUGGAACUUGGGCUGCCUUAGAUGCGUCUCUGACCCUUCCUGGCUUGGGGACAGGGCUCUGUUCUACCUCUAGCGCCUUGAGCCUCCAGUCUGUCCCCACCCCCGCCCCACG